GCGUUCACAGUGAGCGCGCCCCCGAUAUAAAUUCAUGACAGAAUCCUUGGAAAUGUUUAAUUUAACAACCUACUAAUCUAAACCACUAACACACUGCCCUCACUGGACUAGAAAGCCCGUCCACACUCCAGCGUCAGGCAUUUGGAUGGCAAAAAGGACAAGACCUGGUCUCAGGACUACAAUGAACAUUCAGUCUGCCAUCAACAAAGAGAUCUUCAUUCCUCGGGGCGAGCGGAUGCUGGUGGCAGUGGAGGUGAAGAGGAGGAAAAGGAAGAGGAUGUCUUUCCUGCCUGUUAGAGCCAAAGAUGAUUAUACCACAUUUAUCUGUGUGUCAGUGACCAACACCAAACCACAUCAACUCCUCAUUACAAAGGUGAAGAGGUUUGGAGACUCCACCUCGUUUACCAGGAGGUCCCAGUGGAUGGUGGAGCAGCUCCGACAGGUCAAUGGAAUCAACCCCAACAAGGACAGCUCAGAGUUUGACUUGGUUUUUGACAAUGCUCUGGACCAGUGGGUGGCCAGCUCAACAGCAGAGAAGUGCAUCUUUGUCCAGAUCCUGUAUCACGCUUGCCAGACCUACUGGGAUGGGAAAGCAGGUAGUUUGGGAAAGCCUGUGAAGCUGGACAAAGCAGGCAUACAGGGGGGAGCAAGUCAGAGUUUUGACAACGAGGCUGGAGUUGUUCCUCGUGAUCAUUCUGCAUCCAGAACCCUACAGGCACGACGGAAAAGCUACAUUCCACCCAAAAAGACAGAGUUCAUCAACUGUCAGUCCAAACUCACAAGAGAUGCUCACACCCUAAACUUGGUCAUCUACCGCUGCAAGGCCUUUCUGAAUCGAAUGAAGAAGAUGGUGACGGCAAAUCAAGGCCGUUCAACAGGUCAAAGUCAGACUAGGCAUGGUGUCAGAGAAAGAACUGUGGGUAAUGUAGUCCAGAAGAUGAGCGUGACUCUGGGGGAGCGUGGAGACAGACUGACUCGUGCUGAGGACAAGACCAUGGAACUAAUGCACAAAGCCCAACAAUUUGCAGACACUGCUCAUAAGCUGACUCUGAAGUACUCAAAAUAGUACUACUACUGGAAGACGGGGUUGAAUUCUUCUGGAAUCCUGUAACAUGGAAACUAACAUGUUAGUACGCAAGUGGAGGAAAGUGACUCAGGCUUUCGGCUAUCACUAAAAUGCUUCUUUCACAACUGUGUGCAGCGCACAGAACUAAAAAAUCUGUCUUUGUGAUUUUAAUGUUUGCUUUUCACAUUUGGGACGCCACUUCCCAUGUACUGAGGAUUGCCUGACCUUGUGACAGUUAAUGGACUUCUUUCACCCUAGAAUUACAGUACUACAAGUCUGACCUAAGCUAAGAGUACUGCUCAGGGGGAAUGACAUUUAAUGUUUUAUUUGAUUUGGAUACAUUCUGUAUCUGGCCAGUGUCUGAAUUACAUUUGAUAUGACUUGUUAUGUUUCAUCUUAUACUGUUGUGAAGUUUGGUGUCACCACCUGUCACUAUACUUUUAUGCGGGUGGGUAGAUGUGCGUGUAGUGCUGUGUCAUUUGUGUUGUCCUUUACGUUCAUAUCCGUGUCUCCACCAACUGCCCCUUUCUGUUUUUGUUGUCUUUAUCGCAUUCUUGUCUGCGUCUGCAACUGUCUCAUUGUGUUUGUGUUUGAGCUCUUGUCUUUGACCGCUGGGUGAAGUCAGGUAAGUUCACCAGUUUUUUGAGAGGAGUCCAAUAUCAGCUUGAUCAAGCAGACUGCAUAGAAAAGUCUAAAUAAUACUUAAUAGACCUUGAAAUACUGGCUUCAUGUUUGCAUCUCUUUUUUUCAGUACUCAGGUAUAGGACUGAUUUAAAAGUGAAUGAAGGACUUGAUAUGCUAAAGAAUACAAGGGAAUCAAGUCAAACUGAACUUCUCUUUAAUGUUUUGUGCUUGUUUGUAUGUGAUGUGCUCUUGUCUCUAUUAAAUAUUGUGUUGAACAAAAA